CACAUGUAUUGGUGACAGGUCUUCACGGUUUAUAUUGACUCACUACAUGUUAACCUUUAUAGUCACCUUAAUAGAGCAAACAGAUUAUGAAAACAGUCAGACAGAUGAAGACUCACCCAAGCUUUUAGAAAUCACGCUUUUAUUUUCCGACAUUAAACCGGAAGACAGACUCGCACGAGCGCAUCCAAAAUGGCGACUCCCAUGCAUCGACUGAUCGCUCGGAGACAAGCGGAGGCAAACAAACAACACGUUCGCUGUCAGAAGUGUCUGGAACACGGACACUGGUCCUACGAGUGCACUGGGAAGAGAAAGUAUCUGUAUAGACCUUCCAGGACAGCCGAGUUAAAAAAGAAACUCAAAGACAAGGAGAACAAUCCCUCGGAUGAUCUGGGAGCUGGAAUAAUACCACGCGGUGAGAAAAAAACGAAGAAAAAAAGGUCCUCCUCCAGUUCCAGCAGCGGCAGUAGUCAUUCGGUUGCUAUUAGAGCGAAUCUUGUCUUAGACAGCAGCGACUCCUCGAGCUCCUCUUCCUCGUCUGAAGACAGCAGCAGUGACAGUGAUGACAGCUCCAGCCCUUCCUCCUCCUCCUCGUCUUCCUCCAGUUCUGACUCCGAUUCCGAUUCCUCGAGCAGUUCUGAUCAGGGACCUCCGAAGAAGAGAAAAAAGAAGAAAUGAGGGUCCAGUUCAUCUGAUUCAAAUCCAGAACUUGUGUCUUAUACGUUGACAGUGCUGACUGUCACUUUGGUAUUGGAUAUGUGAGAGUAGGGUGGGGAGUCAUAUAUGUAAAGAAACUGAGAUAUAUAUA